UUUAAGAAUUCAAUGGUUAUGAAAAAAAAAAUUAGAUAAUUGAAUUCAUUACAGCUGAGAGUCUGCCUUCAAGAAAAUGAACCCUGUUGUAUGCAUAGCAUUUUCAUUUUUGGGAUGUUUCAAUUUCAUCAAUGCAGCAUCAAUUCCUUCCAAAGCAGCAUUAACACUGCCAUAUGGCAGGAGCGUAGAAGGUGCAGAGGUUGAUAUUAGUGAGUAUCCUUAUCAGGUAACACUGCUAUAUUUCUCGUCUCAAAUUUGUGCUGGAUCGAUUAUAAGUCCAAGAUGGAUUCUUACCGCUGCACAUUGUCUUUCAUCGGGUAACGUUCUUUUUCGGUACACCAUUCGAGCAGGAUCGAAUUUUCGAAACUCCGGUGGUGUUAGUGUUGCAGUUGUUUCUAUCCGCCCUCAUUCACGCUAUAAUUCGAGCAGUGAAGAGUACGAUAUCGGACUCGUUCGGAUAACAUCUGAUUUAACGUAUGAUAACACAAUUAGAGCUGUUUCAUUGCCAACACCAAACAUUGAUAUCCGUUCUGGAACCAAUGCUACAGCAACUGGAUGGGAAGAUGGCGUCUCACAGUCCCAUCUUCGAAGUGUUAGCAUACCACUUGUCGAUAACGAUGUCUGCCAGCAAAGGGUAAUUCGGGCGAACCACUAGUCACAUCACAAUAUGGCCAAGUAGGUGUUGCUUCCUGGGGCAAUGAAUGUGGACGUGCUGGGCCGUAUGGCGUUUAUACGCGCGUUUCUGCGUUUCGAACUUGGAUCAACUCAAUAAGUCGAGUAUAAAUACAUACUAUAAUGAUGUA